AGGUGUACUGAGGUACACAGGUUCCCUAUGAUUCGAACCGUGUUCUCAGCUGUAAUCUUAACACCACCUACCGUUUCUGAUAACCCGUGGGAUUCUUCCCUCGUUUGCGAGGGUGAGAAGUGAGAACGAGAGAGAGAGGAUGGGAGCUUUCCUCCCACUCCGGUUCUUGUUCCUCGUUGGCUUCGUGCUGAUCUUUACCGGUGUUCAUGGCGUCGGUGCCUCCUCGGACACCAAUUCCUUAUGGUCUCUACCAUUCGAGAUGCGGCAUGUUAUUUCGACGUUUCCCGCUAAAGUGCCUCGUCCAAGCUUUGCUAGGGCUUCGACGUUUUUUCAUCUUGUGCUUGCGCCCGGAUUUAUCGGUAUAUUUCUAAUGGUUUGAUGUGUGCUCCCGAUAAAAUUUCUAGUUUCUGUCACCGUGCUGCUAAAGCUAAGCAAAAUUUGUGAUUUUUCUUGGGAAUCGGAUGUUUUUAUCAAUCUAAUUGAAGACCUACUUCAGCUGUAGGAACAAAUUCUCCUUUGGGCAACCAAUAUUUUUGAUGAAUGUUGUGUUAUUCAUGUCUCCAUUCUGAGGAAGCAUCUUAUUCGUUUGUUUUGUAUAUAUAUAUAUAUAAUUUUUUUGUUUGUCCUUCAUAAGAGUUAUGUUCCUGUCCGAAAUCGGUGAAGAUAGUGAGCUGGGACGUGGCUCUGCUCUGUUGACUCGACGAAGACUCCGCGUUGUCUUGUAACACGAGGAGCACUAGUCCCCAGCGUUGUUUUCCGACGCUUAAGUCAGUGCUCUGUCUUAGAGAAGAAAGUGUUGAAUUGUAGCGAAUAGCGUGUGCAGCAUACCUUCGCUUGUAGAUGGAGACCUCUUUUAUAGUGUCGUUGUUGCAUUGUGCACGCAUCUCAAAGCAUUAACACGUUUCCCAAUGCCUUCCUAAGAAAGGACAGGCCAUAAAGUGCCUCUGACACCUUCCCUCAAAUGAGUCCGCAAAUCGCUGUGAGUUGGCAGGAUGGAAGCUUCUAGAAGAUUAUUUGCUGGCAGGAUGUUUUUUGUCCUUUCUGGCAUAAACUUCCAAAAAGUACGAUAUGACAUGUAUGUGGGUUUCGCUAUAGGCCAACCGGUAGUCACUUGGCCAGGAUAUCGUCAGCUCGGCAGUACAGCGUGGAGCUCCCACUAUGUCCGAUCAGACCUAAGGUCCGAUCGGCCAAGAUGGUGGGUCAGGUAACUUAGUAUUUGACUCUUAACCUCAGCUGCAAUUUGCGGAGGACGGUUGAUCGGACGAUUUGGUCGGCCUUUUACGUCCAUCUAGCGCUGAAGGCCCGCUCGGCCAUCCUUGCCUGAUCCGCAAUCUUCAGUCUUGUGGUCCAUUCGACCCUGCGACUUUGAUCCUUUGACUUUGACCUCCACGUCAAUUGAGCUUUGCUGCUUUGACCCGCUUUUGGGUGGGCCCCUCUUUAUCACCGUAUCAUACGAUAUUAAUAUUUUUCCCAUUUUCUUACCAAAUUAUUGCUCUUUAGUGAUGCUUUAAUUUAUUGAAGGAAAUUAAGGUGAUGGUAGUUCCACAUCCAGAUACUUUGACUGUAAGUGGCUCAGCUUAUUGUCCUUACCAAACACUUAAUGUCUUGAUGAUUUUUGAGUUGGAUAAAAAUCAUUGGUCAUAAGAUGGAAACAAUAAAAGCAGGGAAUAAGGGCUACGCUGCAGAGCUAUUGGUUGUCACAUUCAAUCAACGAACAAAGCAUGCCGACGGUAGAUCAAAGUUUAGGAUAUUUCUGAGCUUUGAACAGCAUGGAAGAGAACUUAUUACCACUGAGGUAGCUUUGCAACUACUUUCUGUUUUAGCCGAAGAAUGUAGUAUGCAAAGCUACCUCAGUGGUAAUGAGUUCUCUUCCAUGCUGGAUCUGCUGGAUAACCUCGUGAUAAAGGUAGCAGAGGACAAGAACUUGAAAGCAAGUCUUAUGAUAAAUCGUACUGCUAUUAAAGCUUGGUUGUUGUUGUUGUUGUUGUUGGUGCCAAUGGAAAAUUUGAAUGGUCGCAAACUUGUUGAAGCAGAAGACCUCUGUGAGAGGAGAAAUGGUAUGCAUAUUGAUUUGAACAAAAAUUGGGCCGUGGACAGGGGCAAGAAGGAUUAUGAUCCCUAUGAAGAAAAUACUGGAACUGCUCCAUUCAGUGAACCUGAGGCUCAAAUAAUGCAGCAGCUUGCAAAGUCCUUUGAACCUCAUAUUUGGUCUAAUGUUCAUUCAGGAACAGAGGCUCUAUUCAUGCCAUAUGAUCAUAGGAACAUCACGCCAGCCGAAUCGAUGUCAAAUUUGAUGGAUUUAGUAUUGAGGGAAUUGAACCAUGUUCACUUCGAAGACAAGUGCUUAGUUGGGUCAGGUGGAGGUUUGGUUGGGUACCUUGCUCAUGGAACCACAACUGAAUAUAUGUAUGAUGCCAUUAAAGUGCCAAUGGCUUUCACUUUUGAGAUUUAUGGUGAUCCUGAAGCUUCCUCGAAAGACUCUUUCAAAAUGUUCAAUCCAAUUGAUAAACAUGUAUUCAACGUAUGCCAUUUAAGAACUUUGCGGCUCAUGGACGCCCAUUUUGCUCCAUCAACUGACUUAAGAGAGUGGGUUCCAUUUGGCGAUAGAGUUGCAGAUGGAAGCCUUAUUGGAGAGAUCAAGAACAAGAUGGAUGGACUUGAACUUGGCAAGCAAGACACGCACACUUAUUUCCGGCUGUUUUUGUUAUCAUAUUCAUCUGUGCUUUUAUUGUUCUUGUUCUGCUCAAAGAUUACAAAGAGCAAAUAUAGACAAAUAAAUUAAUACCGUUAACUUACUGAAGCUAUAAUUUCGACAUUCCUGUUGAGCCAUGCCUAGCAACUUUUCCUGGCACCAUCAGCUGCUCCGCCAGCAUUGUUAGGUCUAAAUAUUUAUUGUAACUAAGCUUCCAAGGUACUGAAUGCGGAAGAACAUUCUUGCAACUUGGUAGAUUUUAAUAUCAGAAGAGUUUCUUCAACAAUUCUAUCACAAUCAUUGCAGCCCAUAUUUCUCUUUUUUUUCUUCCUCUGUAGAAAUAUUAUAAGUUCAUGCCUUACUAAAUCCGAAUUUGUAAAUUUGUUUGAGAAAUAACAUGUGUAAAGGUUCAGACAUAUAAAGAAAUUGUAACCAGAUUGUCCAUGGAUGGAUGCAUAUUAGUUAUGAAUAAUUUAUUUUAUAUA